AUGUUGAAGACCAUGAUUACAACGAUCGUUGCUCUGUGCCUGUCAGUGUCAGUUCCAGAAGUAUUGGCGACAUCACCCGGGGUUGGAGUUCAAGCUGGAACAACUGGAGAUCGGAGCCAGUACACACGAGAAAUACACGACCAGUGUCAGAAUAUUCGGGUCCUACCGUUAAGAAGUCUACAGAACAUACCACCAAUAUCCGGCAGGCCGGACGAUAUCUUGGCAUUAGAAGACAGUGGAAUCAACGUGACAGACAUCCAGCCACGCCCACCUCCUCCAGCGAGGCUAGUUGCAAGCUGUGGAUCCCCGAACCGACGACGCUCGACGGAGCUACGCCUGGAUAAUUGUCUUGGUUGGGAUGCAGCGGGUGAAAGGCUGAUCGCACAACAGAACGGAUACGGCAUUCAAAGAGGCCGUUGCUGGGGUUGUAAAUAUUUCCCAGUGUCAAGGGAGAAAUUCCGCGUCGUAUGCUUUUGUGACAACGUGACUCAAGGCCUGACAACCGUAAUCCCUGGCAUUGAUCGCAUGGCAGCUGGGAAGGCCUUCGCUGAAGAUGGAGUAUGGAGAUUGGUAAAUGGUCAGCUCCAGUGCUAA